GACGAUUCAAUAAAUGAUGACACGUUCCCGAUAUGUCCUCGGACGUCGCGGCCGAAUGAGAUGAGCAGCGACAAUUAUCACCUUGCCGGAAUGUCGGCUGCUUCCGAGCUCCCAGGGAAGCCGACACACACUGCCAAGGACAUCGGCAUCCACAUGGCGCUCCCAUCAGUCCUCAAUGAAGGCACGAGCUCGUUCAUAGACUUGCUGAAUCAGCUCUAUGCCUCCGAAAGCGAGCGCAAGCUCACGAGACCGAGCGGGGCCGCUAGCUUGUCCGAUGCUUCGACAGGCACGCCGGCUCUGAGCUCACCUACCACGUCGAGUGACGGUCACGGCGACAUCUUCUCGGACGAAGAGGAUGAAGAGGACGAGGAGGACGAGGAGCGGAAUGCUGAUGUCAGCACGACCGCGACGACCCCAGCUGAAGAUGCCGUCGCCAAGCUGUCACUCAAGCCAGACGACGGUGACCAGCAUGACGUCGAGCUCGAGCACGAUAAGCGAGCAGAUGGCAAGACACGGCGAGCAAACGAUCCCAUUCGGGGCAUGUCAUUGCUCGCUGACAACGAGGAGCUGCUAUCAAUGGACUAUGCAGCAGAGGAGGCAGAAGAGUACGUAGAGACGGCAUCACUUCAGUCUCAAGCGGCAGCGCCCAAACCGUCGGCAGAGCAAGCCGAGGUCGACAACGCGACCAAGCUGAGAGCAAUCGUGAAGGACUUUGGCCCUUGGCCUGAUGAGAUCACGCCGGGCGUCAAGGAACCACCAGAGGAGCUCAUAUUCGAUAGCACAUGUGCUCUCCUGCGAUCCGUCGUCGUCAAAGGCAAGUUUUACAUCACCAACCGGCGCCUCGUCUUUUUUGCCCUUGUCUCGGGCGGCGCCGGACCUUCUGGUCCUCGCCAGGUCAUCAAGGCGGGACCUCUGACUAUGCACAUUCCCGGUAUAUUCAAAUCGAAGCGGCAUGCCUGGUUUGAGAUCUACGAGGACAGCGCGGCGCAUUAUCCGUCGGCGACGAAGCUCCACAAGCCCCUCGGCGUGAUCAGGCUCUCCCAGAUUGCCGAAGUCAUCGCUCCAGAUCCACGACAGGCGCAAAAUACCUACACCGUCAAGAUGGUCUCCGGCGCAACGCGCGUGAUGGAGUGUGACACGCCCGAAGCCGCAGAAGAAUGGCGUCUGGCGCUUACCAAGGCGGUCUUUCGUGUGCAGACCGAUUCGGACCGAGUCAAGAUUACUGUACCCCUCGCAAGGAUCGCCAGGACGUCUGUACAACGUCAGCUCACACAUGCAACACAGCUCACAAUGACAUUGGACGUCACCGGGCCCAAUGACAAGAAGCAGAGAUUGGACGAGAUCAAAUUCGGCUUCCUCAACUAUUGCUACACGUUCGAGGGUUUGCUGGGCAAGACGAUCACUACAGAACGAGACCGUAUGGGAUUGAGUUUGCCUAGAGCGCCGCCGGCAGACAUACACAUGCAGCGCUGCGAGCUCGAGAUGAAAGAGAUGGAGCGCGAGCAGCAGGAAACGAAGAAGCAAGAAGCGCGCACCUUUGUCAUGCAAUUCGGUCUCCUCGACGAUCCUGACUCACUCUUCAUCACUCGGUGCGAAAUCGUCAGAACUGUUCCUCUAUUGGGUCGCCUGUGUAUCAGCAAAGACUGGAUCUGCUUCUUUCGUACAGCCAUCGCUGGCGCCAAUACACGAAUCCGCCUGCAUCGCAACGAGGUCAAGAGCGUACAACGAUCUCGCGCCUUCAUGCUGCACUCGUAUGCUCUGUCAAUCUCUGUCACAGCCGCGUCGGACGUCAGCUUUCAAUUCAUCGACAAGGCAAAGCGGAAUGCGGCAAUGGACCAGAUCCAGGCGUUCAUUGACGACACACACAAGCUUGUCGAGACCGUUGCGGCCAAGACUGUCGCGCCUGCGACAGCAACGGAAGCCGAGACAGAGGUGUCCUUGACGUCCUUGUCGCAGCAGAUGUUCAAGAACUAUGUGCCGCCCGAAUGCCUGCCUCAGCUCGAGAAGCUGAAAAUGCCGAUCAUUAACGGGAUCCAAUACGUCCCUCAUGCGCCCCGGAAGAUGCGAUUCCACUGUCUUACUAUUGGCUCCCGCGGCGAUGUACAGCCCUACAUCUCGCUCGCUAAGCAACUUCAAAAAGACGGUCAUGAAGUCACCAUCUGUAGUCAUGGAGAGUAUCGAGGCUGGGUAGAAGGACAUGGCAUCUCAUACAAAGACGUCGGCGGCGAUGCUACCGCCCUCAUGAAGCUCAGUGUUGAGCACAAAAUGCUCAGUCCUGGCUUUUUCACCGAAUCGCUGGGCAAAUUCAAACAAUGGUUCGUUGACCUCUUGAAUGAUGCUUGGCUGGCCUGUCAAGACGCCGAAGUAUUGAUCGAGUCGCCUUCGACCUUUGCUGGCUGUCACAUUGCGGAGGCGCUGCAGAUCCCUUACUUCCGUGCAUUCACCAUGCCUUGGACUUCAACGCGUGUCUAUCCUCAAGCAUUCGCUCCAUCCGACUUAGGUCCAAUCUACAAUCUGGCCACCUACGAGCUCUUCGACAGUCUGAUUUGGGGCGCGUCAUCUGGAAUGAUCAAUAAAUGGCGACGCAAGACUCUCGGCUUAGCAAGCACGAAUCUCGCUCAGAUCAGAGCCAACAAAAUCCCUUUCAUCUAUAAUUUCAGCUCGGCAGUCGUACCCAAGCCGACUGACUGGUCCGACUACAUCUGCCUGUCAGGCUACUGGUUCUUGUCGGCGUCCGGAAAGGAUGGCAAAGCGUAUGAGCCACCCGCAGAAUUAGAUGCCUUUGUCAAGCGGGCCAAAGCUGACGGCAAGAAGCUCGUAUCCAUCGGUUUUGGCUCGAUCGUCAUCCCAGAUCCUGCAGGACUGCGCAAGAACAUAUUCGAGGCUGUCAGUCGCGCGGACGUUCGUUGUGUCCUCAUAUCCGGCUGGUCUGCGCGUGGCUCCGCGGAUACAGACGAAAAGUGGACUUGUCCUGACAACGUGCACAUGAUCGACGAGGUACCUCACGACUGGCUUUUCCCAAACGUCGAUGCUGCAGUGCAUCACGGCGGCUCGGGCUCGACCGCAGCCUCGCUCAGAGCGGGCGUACCGACAAUCAUUCGCCCCUUCUUCGGUGACCAGCACUUCUGGGCCAGCCGAGUCCAGAAAUUACAUGUUGGUCUGAAACUCAACUCGCUCGAGACCUCUCGAGAGCUGGCAGAGGCUCUCGUCACUGCGACCAGCGACGUCACGAUGAAAGAGAAAGCAGUCGCUGUCGCGGCAGAGAUCAAUGCCGAGGAUGGUCCUCGCAAGGCGCUGUCAUUCAUCUAUACGAUGCUCGACAACGCCCAAGCUCUUUCGCGCUCGAAAUUUGAAGCAUCGCAAGCACGAAAGGGUCGCAAAGACAGUUGCCCGUCGAAGCGCAUUAGCAGCUUCGGUCCCAAGAUGCCUAAGACGGAUACAGGCUCGAGCAUCACGUCGACUGUGUCAAGCUUUGGCGGCUCGAUGAGCACGGUGAAGAGUCAGUAAACUGCUUAUUUAUACGUGUCCUCAUCGCAUCGAUUAAUAAGCUCAGACUGUUGUAGCAU